AUGGCCAACAUUUUUAGCCACAGAAAAACAGAAGUGUCAGAUACACCUGAUACUUCUGGCUCCAGCAAAAGAGAAGAGUGGAGUAUACCCAAUGGUUCUGGCUCUAGCAGAGAAGUGUGGUGCACAUCCAACAUUUCUGGCUCCAGAGGAACAGAAUCACAGCAUACAUGCAAUGUUUCUGGCAACAGAAGAAGAAAGGCAUUGGAAAGACAGUGUGAGGACACUGAUCCCAAAAAGACAACUGCAGAAGGCAGCAGACAUACAUCUGACACCUCACAGCAGCCAUCAGCCUAUGGAGACCAGACUUCUAACAUGAAGGAAAUGUUUGAAAUGAUGAAAGAGAUGGACAACAAAAAAACAAAGGAAAUGUUCGAAAUGAUAAAAGAGAUGGACAACAAAAAAACGAAGGAAGUGUUCAAAAUGAUAAAAGAGAUGGACAAUAAAAAAACAAAGGAAAUGUUCAAAAUGGUAGAAGAGAUGGACAACAAAAAAACGAAGGAAAUGUUCCAAAUUAUGAAAGAGAUGGACAGCAAGAACACAAAGGAAAUAUUCGAAAUGAUGAAAAAUAUGGACAAAAAAAUAAUAACUUUGUCUGACACUGUUCAGUAUCUACUGAACCUUCUGGAUAGUCACAACAGAGCACUUCCUGAAAGGCUAAUCCAAAUACUGUGUAAGGAGAAAGAGGAAAACGAGAUGCUUAAAGAGAAGACCAAAAAGCUAGAGGAAAGAAUCCAAGAGCUGUUGGCUAAAGCAAUGGCCAUGCACCAACACUCUGAGGACAUCACUGACCCUUCGCGUUUGUCUGCUGUGCUGGAGAGAUACGAGAUGCUCCGGCUACAGGAAUGGGAGAAAGUCAGGAGCUCCAUGCCCUACCGUUGGACGUAUGAAGAAGGCAGUCGCGCCAUUAGGAAGGUGUUUGAAGCCUGUGAAAAAGAUAUACAACAGAGAACAGAUCACAUACUUAAAGUUCUUGACAUUCCACCUUCGAAUAAGGUGAUGCAAGACAUAAUGAAGCUGUUGAGGCAACAGUAUCACCAAAACUCAAUGGUUUACAACAAGAUUGUUCAAGAAGCUGCCAUUCACAUAAGAACUGAAAAUGAAACACAGUUCCUGCUGCAGUGCUGCCAAAUUUAUUGUUUGCUGCUUCUUCAGGACCCACCAGUUAAAGCUGAGUGGAGGAUGAACAGAAGCCAUUUAGAGCACGUGGACAAGAAAGAUGAAGUGCACUGGAAAAAAGCAUCACUUCUGUGGCCCAUAAUGAAACGUGGGGAAGAAAUUAUUGUGAAAGGUGUAGUCUGGGAUCAAAGGAAAAUGACUUGAGAGUCAGGCUAAUUACUUACUUAGCCAUAACAAGAUGAAACAGCUGCUAUGCCAUACUCUGCUUUUCUUUCUCCCAUGUUGCCUGUUUUUCAGAGCUAGUAAGUUAGACAUCCCUCACUUAGGACACCUAGGAUAAAUCAUCAUUAACAAACCUGUAUUAAAAAUUGAAGCUAUUCCAACUGUCUCCUCACAAAGGCCACCUGCCUGUUAGCACUCCCUGCUUUCCCACAUCUGUUCAAUUUACCUCUCCCAAAGUCCUUCAGCUACACAUAUGCCACAGCACUGGACCAAAGAACUCUAGACGUUGUAUUCCAUGGCAUAAUGGGGAUGCAAUGAGGCAAAUGCAUGUUUAUGUGAUUUGGUGUGACACAGUAUUCUGUCAGCAACUUGAGAAUUACCAAAUAAAAAAGACUCUAAAUUCUGCUGUGUGCCUGCUGUUAGAAUGCAUGGAAUGGAAGCCUCUCUGAGUCCCUCAGGAGCGAAAGGAAUACAGGGAUUGAAUUGGAACCUUUAGAGAAACUAAAAUAUAUUAAACCACACAGACGUGAAAUAGGAGUGUAAGUUUUAGUUUUCAGUAAGUAGAAAUAUAUCUUAAGUGCCUUAAGAAUCUAUAUUAGCUAGUAAAAAACCCUAAAUCCUAGUUUAAAGUUAAGUAGUGUUACCUUUCACAAAAUUAGCUUAGCUCUAGACAUAACAAAAACAUAGCAGAACAUUGCUUACAUUUCUAAAUAGAACAGAUAGAACUACAUGAGUAGAUUUUUUGUAAAAAAUAACACUACUUUCACACAUUAGAAUUAAGCUCGGAUAGGUGUAGGAAGAAUGUUUUAGAUUCAUGUUUUUAGCUGAUUAGAUUAUUUAUGUAUAAAUUUCCCCUACACUGGGGUACAAAAAAGGUGAUAAUUGCUUCUACUAACUACUACUGCUUCUACUGAGAACAUCAAGAAUCUAUAUCAGAAAGCUUUUAGCACAAACUUUAAUACUCUAAACUCUUCACCUUCAAUACUGAUGUAUUCAUACAAUAAACAACUUUACAACAAACAACAACUACUCCUAUCUCUUUGUAGACCCAAGACCCACUUAUAACUCAACACCUGCCAAAUCCUUUUCUCCAGUUUUUGUUUCUAAUACAUCAGUUUCCUCGGCUGCACAAACUCCCUGGGAUUUUCUCAAUGGGCCUCCAGAAAGAAAGGCAAAUUUCUGUGCAGGUCUCUGCAAGCAAAUUGCUCUGCUUCUCUCAGGAAUUUAGUAUUCCCUAAGCAUAUUGCAGGUCACUGACAACAUGAGCUGGGAUCCAGGUGUGUGCAAGAAAAUUGGCUUCUAGAAAACUGGAGUAUUCUGAGAAACUGAGACCCUUAUUGGAAGUAUCUAUUAUGGAAUAGAACAAGUGAACUAAAAAAGCCCCAGAGUUACUGCAGCUCAGGAUCCCGUGCUGGGGAAACGGCAAAAGGGGAACAACGGGGGUGCGAAGGGGUCACAAGUGAGCCUCGUGACAGAGCUGCGGGCGGGAGCAAAGCUGCAUUUGGGAGAAGCUGCGGCUGUGCCGUGCUGCGAAGGGGCGUUCUGAGGGAGGCCCAGCAGCACCACGGCCCGCCCUGAGACCCAGAGCCGCGGCCGUGCAGCUCGUGACAGGGCAGGACCCGAGGAGCUCACCGCCAUUUCCCUUUCCCUUAGCUUGAUUUUAAACGGUGUAAUUGCUCCCCCAGAAGAACAGAAAAGGAAUUGCUUCCUGCAGACACGUGAAGUAUUUAUUAGGCGGGGUUGGUGGUUUAUUUCUAAGCCUCGUGAAGACCCUUAAGGGACCUCAGGGAGCAGAGCAAAAGAGACAAACACAGG